ACACACCACAAACACAGAGACAGAAGGAGAACAGCAAGCCAGGCAGGCAGGCAGGCAGGCAGGCAGGCAGACAGACAGACGUACGAGUGGAAGGAGGGAAACGCACACCACCACCAUGGGCUGCUGUAACAGAAGGUGCGGACUGAUAGCCGGAGCUGUGGUUGGGGCGGUGGUAGCCAUCCUGGGAGGCAUCCUGAUCCCAGUGGGGAAGAUCAUCAUUGAGGGGACGGUGGAAAAGGAAGCCGUCAUAGAGCCCGGAACGACAGCAUAUGACAACUGGGUGUCUGCAGGGGCAGCAGUGUACAGGCAGUUCUGGCUCUUUGACUUGAAAAACCCUCUGGAGGUUUUGCAUUACGGCGCAGUUCCAGUGGUGGUGGAAAAAGGACCUUAUACAUACAGGACGAGAUAUCUUCCCAAAGAAAACAUCACGUUCCACUCCAAUAAUACCGUCGCCUUCCUGCUGCCUAUGGGUGCCAUCUUCGAACCACUCAUGUCAGUGGGAUCAGAAGAAGACAAUAUCACCUCCCUAAACCUGGCAGUUGCUGGAGCGUACGCACUGGUUCCAAAACUGCUUCAUUCUGUUCUAGAGAAUCUGAUAAAGUCAACCAAUUCCUCCCUGUUCCAGCGGCGUACAGUCAAGGAAAUGCUAUGGGGUUACUCAGACCCCAUACUGAAAGAAACUGUGGGCCUAUUCUCACCUUACAACGGUACGUAUGACGGCUACUACAAUGUCUUCAAUGGGAAGGACGACAUCUCUAAAGUUUCAAAAAUUGAGAGGUGGAGAGGAGAAACGAAGUUACCCUUUUGGGAAGACGAAUAUUGUGACAUGAUCAACGGAACAGAUGCUUCCUCCUUCCCACCCUUUGUGGACAAGACGAAGCCCCUCUAUUUAUUUUCUUCUGAUAUCUGCAGGUCUGUGUCUGCCAGCUAUGAAGCAACUGUGAAUCUGAAAGGGAUUGAUGUAUAUCGCUUUUCCCUCCUCCCGUCCACUCUGGCCUCCCCGGUGGACAACCCAGACAACAAGUGUUUCUGCAAAAACCUUGAAACUAGCAAGAAUUGCACCAUGGCAGGAGUACUGGACAUCGGCUCCUGUCAAGACGGAAGACCCAUCUUCAUCUCUCUGCCUCACUUCCUUCAUGGCAGCCCACAUCUGCGGGAGGACGUGCUGGGCCUCAACCCUGACGAGGAGCACCAUAAAACCUUCUUCGACGUCGAACCUCUAACUGGGUUUACCCUGCAUUUCGCCAAGAGAAUUCAAGUGAAUAUGAUGUAUGGACCAUCAAACGUCAUCACGGUGCUUAAGAAAGUCAAAGACUAUACCCUAUUCCCACUUGUUUGGCUGAAUGAGACGGCUAUGUUGGAUGACGAAACGGCGCAAAUGUUUCAGGACGAAAUUAUCUCCAAUGUCAACCUGUUGGAGAUCAUACAGAAAGUACUGUUGGGUGUAGGUGUGGGCAUCUUCGUCGUGUGCCUCGUCUCCUACUGCGUGGUGAGGAAGAGAUGUAACCAAAGCAAGUUCGUGUGAAUGAACUGAUUGAUUGUUGUAUGUGAGAGCACAGUGCAUUCAAGCUGCUACGGGGCGUCAAACCUUUUGAUAUAGACUUGCACUUUUUUGUAAUUUCAGUGUUAUUUAUAAUGUAAUACCUCCUUUGAUACCAAGGGAGGAAUACUGUGAUUUUGUAAAAGCUGAUAAGCUGGAUUCCUUUGCCAAGUAAUAUCAUUUAAUUGCAAACACUGUAACAUUGACUCAAUCAGGGAUUUCUAGAGGGAGAGCAGGUGAAAACUCCUCUUAACUGUCAUGUAAUCCAUUAAAGAUCUCUGAGAAGAGAGAAAUGGGUUCGUUCGACAUCCUAUGAAAGAAAUGCACAUGAAUCUAUUAUUGCGCGAAUGUUAAUAUCCUCUGCUGAACUAGUGUGUUCUACAUGAAUAAAAGCUGAAAAAGUGA